UUACAUGCAAUAUGGCGGACGAUCCUUGUGUUUUGGUGAAGAGAUGUAAUUCAGAUUUGAGCUGUUGUGGCAUUGUUUUAGACAGUACCAAUGGAAUUGUGCUAUCAGUUGCGUCUUUAUUUCUCGAUUUAUUGCCUGAAAUUGAAAAUCAACGCACAAUCAGCACAGAUUGUUCCUUCCGUGACUUGCAGACGUCGACGGAUGGUGAAAUUGCAGUUGAAGUAAUUUUUCGGAGACACGAAGAAAAGAAAUUCAGAACUCUUCAAGGUUGCUUAUGUUUGUUUUGGAGAGAUUUUGGAUUACAGAGGAUCGCAGAACGUAUUUUUCCGUCGUCGGAGUGGAAACUCGAAUCAUCUGGUCAGAGCGAAGCAAAAACAGCGUUGCCUGCUGAAAAAAAUGGGCUCGAAGGGUUACCGCACGAAGUCCGCGCGCAUCGAAACUCCUUUUCCGAUUUCGUGCUCAUUAAAGUGAAAACUCUCAAGAACUAUUUUUCCUGUAGUUCGCUUAAUUUGUCAGCACCGGUGAGUUCUGGAAUUCCCAAGAAAGGAGAAACUGUGUUUAUCGUUGGGACACCCUUUGGUGGCGAAUGCCCUUCAGUUUUCUACAACAGCCUUUCCAAAGGAAUCGUGUCCAAUGUUGUAGGAACAAAUAGCGAAAUAGUGAUCACUGAUGCACGUUGCGUUUCAGGAUGUGAAGGAUGUCCAGUAUACCUGAAGAAGUCGCAUGCUGAAUCGAUAAAGGACAGCGCUCCUUAUGGAAUCGUUCUAGCGCCAUUUUGUUGGAGAAAUGGAGAGUGGAUUGGAAUAACUGUAACGGCUUCACUAGAGUACAUUUUACGCAAUUUAUCAACUCUUUUGAGCCAAAACAUUGCUUUAACUUCCCAAAAUUUACAUGGAGUGCUUUUGGGUAUCUCAAAUAACCAGGCCAAAAUACAGAAUCCAAGAGAUGCAAUUGUGAAAUUGAACCAAGAUAAAAGCCCAUCUGUAAUACAUUCUAAUCAAGGCUGUUUGAGUUCUCAUGACAUUGUAAAGACAGCUCUUUGUAGUGUCGUUAUGGUACUGUGCGGGAACACUUGGGGAUCUGGUAUUAUCAUAGACAUAGAAAACUGUCUCAUAGCAACUUGUAGGCACAUAAUUCAAGAUUGUCAUAAAACCAUUAUUGUGUCAGGGGACAAAAGUCUUGCUCAACAUGUGAACAAUGUAAGGAUAUCGUGGAACUGUCCAUACAGCAAUCAACAGGAGGCACAAGUGCUUUAUGCUACUAAAGAAGGUUGUCCUCUGGAUUUUGCACUAUUAAAAGUACAGCCAAAUCCUGAGUUUAGAUCCCUAGCACUGCGGCUAGGUGCUGAUGCCAAUCAAGUGAACUCUCCAGACUUCUGUACACCAUUAUACAAGAAAGGAGAAGAUAUCUGUGUCGUUGGUUUCCAACUGUUUCCAAGAUGUCUUAACAUUGGGGCAUCAGUUGUUUCUGGAGUAAUAUCCAACAUUUCUUAUGCCGAUAACCAGCCAGUAUUACUUCAAUCCACUGCUGCAGUGCAUUGUGGGGCAAGUGGGGGGGCUCUGGUUUCCAUGGAGACAGGGGAACUAUUGGGGAUGAUCACAAGUCAUACAAAAGAUUCCAAUCUGUCAUCGAGCUUCCCUCAUGUCAAUUUUAGCAUUCCCACUGUCUUGCUUUACAAACUAGUUUCAGCUUUUAAGAAUGGUGUCAUUGAAGACACUGUGCAACGUUUGGUUUCAGGUCGCUUGGCAAGUGUUUGGCAACUGAAGAACACUGUGAACGAGAAACCGCACUUUACUAGCAAGUUGUAACUGUGAAUGUAAAUAAAAUUGAGAAUUUUUGA